CUCAUGUAUCAUCCAUCAUAUACAAGAACAAUUGAAACUGACAGUAGACCGACGCUUGCGCGAUUUUUUCACGUGGAAAAAAAAUGCUCAAGCAUCGAGAUUUAUACCCGGGCGCGCAUUCAGACGCAUCACAGUUGUCACUUGAAGAGGAUCAAACUGUUAAUGAAAUUUUUUCAUUUAUCAAUUUACUAUGGAAUGUUUCGCGUUUCAUUUGAAUUCCAAUAAAAUUUAAUAUAUCAUUUUAUCCUAAAUGAUAAAGAAAUUCGUUAUUAAAGGAAGUGCUACUAGAAGAUAAUUGGAACGAAAAUUAAAUUUUUUUUAAAGCAAAUUGAAUUAUUCAUCAAACAGAUAAUAUAAUUGUUUUAAAUAAUGGAAAUUUUAUAUUGAAAACAAUGGAAUACCAAAAAAUCAACAAGUUUUUAGAAAAUCAACGACAAUGGUGUCAUCAACUCUACGAAGAUUACAUAAAAACUAAUUCGUCAAUCAAUUGUCCUCCAUUCUUUGACGGACUUCUUUGUUGGCCACAAACCAAUUCAAAUGACACCAAACAUCUUCCUUGUCCACCACACUUUGUUCUUGGUUACAAUAAUUUACCAGAGAAUGCGAAAGCUACGAAAUACUGCAAACCGAACGGAGAAUGGUAUAAAAAUAACGAAGGAAUCUUCUGGAGUAAUUAUACUUUAUGCACUUCUCCACCUGGACACUUUGCUACUGCAGUGGCUGAUUUAGAAAUUUCAUACUCUGAUUACGGAAAGUUUUGUAAUUCAUCUGCAUUAAAUAAAUGGUUACCAAUAAUAAAAACAAUCUCAAAAAUUGGAUAUACCUCUUCAUUGACAACUUUAAUUCUAGCCAUGAUCAUUUUUUCAUUAUUAAAGAAGUUGAGAAAUCCGAGAAAUCGUCUACAUAUGCAUCUGUUUGCAUCGUUUAUCAUGAGAGCUUUUAUGGCAUUGUUGAAGGAUUGGCUUUUCGUCGACGGUUUAGGACUCUCUUGGGAUGUUGUUUUAGUUGAUGGAAAAAGUAUUUUUAUCAAAGAAAACAAUAAUUGGAUAUGCAAAGCUAUAACAAGCCUUUGGCAAUACUUUAUUGUGGCGAAUUAUACUUGGAUAUUUAUGGAGGGAUUGUAUCUUCAUAAUCUAAUAUUUAUCGCCUUUUGCACCGAUUCAACAACUACCACAGUCUAUACGAUCCUAGGUUGGAGUUUGCCCGGUUUUGUUGUUAUUGUGUGGAUUAUAGUUCGGCUAAUCAUGGAGGAUACAUUAUGUUGGACCACGCACAGUAAUCCAUCAUUGUUUCUCAUCAUUCGAAUCCCCAUCAUGGUUUCUAUUUUGCUUAACUUCAUUCUUUUCAUUAAUAUUGUACGGGUCCUACUGAUUAAAAUGAAAACUUCAGUAUACUUGCAACGCAAAAAAAUGCAUUAUGGACGCUGGGCUAAAUCAACUUCAGUUUUAGUUCUCCUUUUUGGAGCACACUAUACCAUCUUUUUAGGCCUUUCGUACCAUAAAGAUUAUCAUUUAGAGUUAAUUUGGUUGUUUUGGGAUCAAUUUUUUGCAUCAUUUCAGGGAUGCUUUGUGGCACUACUUUACUGCCUACUCAAUGGUGAAGUUCGAGCGGAAAUGAAGAGAACAUGGAAAACUCGGAGAUCACGACGUGGUAUGGAUUCUUUAAGUCUAACUCAUCGAUAUUUUAUUAAAUCUCCUGAAUCACGAACACACACCAGUCGUGCUAUUUUAAGUAACAAUAUACUUUAGUUAGUGGU